AUGAUGGAAAUAUUGUGGGAUGUUGUUUUUUUUGGAGUUUUUAUGCUUCUUAAUCUUCUCCAAACUCUUCUUUUGACAAUAUUCAUCUUGAAGGUGCGAAAAAACAAGAAGGAAUCAACAUCUCUGCAAAACCAUUGUUCUGUGAAACACGAUCAAUUUAAAAAAAGAAUAAAAAGCUUUCCUGAAAUUGAUGCAAAUGUUUAUGAAGGAAAUGAAAAUUUAUACACGUACAUGAACCAAGAUUCUGAAAUGGAGCACGAUCAAUUUAAAGAAAUAAAAACAUAUUCUGAGAUUAAUGCACAUGUUUACGAAGGAAAUGACAAUGUAUAUACGGACAUGGGUCUAGGUAAAAAUUUAAUUCAAAAUAUGAAACAAGAUUCUCGAGGUUCUCAAGCGAUUUACGAAGAACUGCCAAAAGCUACAACCAGAGUAGAAGUUAACGAAGCUUCAGAAACGUAUGCUUAUGUUUCUGAAAUGCCUUUAUAUGAUAAAACUGACCAUAUGCAAGUUUCAAGUCCAAAACAUGACCCUAGUUACGAUACAGUUAGAAAUUAA